GCCUCAGUCGGCUUGUGGACUCAAUCGCUGGUGUUAUGCUCGCCUCAUCGUCGGCUCUGUACAAUGUCGAACAUCAAGCCGCGUGGAUCUAUCGCAAUCGAGUGACGCAUUCCAGUGCAAACCAGUGCCAAGUGGCCAAGUGGGUCUCACUUACAUACAAGGUGGAUAGGUGGAUGUGUUAAGGCUGUCUGCGCCUGCACUUGACUCUAGUGUGUAAAGUGAGAGCGACAACUUUUCGCAUAUAUGUUAUGGAAAUCUCACAGAGUGUGGCGUAUUUGCAGGUUGUGGAUGACAGCGAUACCAGCUCCACAUCCUCUGAGGAAAGUCUGAUUACCAUUGCACCCAAUGAGCGAACUCCAUUGUUGUUGGGCCACCGCGUUUCCGCCUCCGCCUCCGCCCAUGACUCCUCCUCGCCGUCCUUCUCCUCAUCAAUGUACACAAAAGAAUGCCUUAAUUGGCGCAUCAUUGGACUACUUGUGAUGUUUACCACCGGCCUCGGAGUGGCCUCCUAUUUGCUCUGGCUAGAACGUCCAAAGAGCCCAGAUAACGAUUACCAAUUGAGUCUAACCCAGCACGAUUUAUGGAGUCUUUGCCCACUGCAGGGGCAGGCGCUGCUGGAGGCGGGGAAGGUGGUCAAUGUGUACAUCACCCACACUGGAGGCGUGGAGUGCACCGAGAAUUGUGCACAGCUGCUGCAUACGCUGCAGCACCAGCAUUUGGGGGAGUUGCCGUAUAAUUUCCUCAUGGCUGGGGAUUGUGAGGCAUACGAGGCACGUGGCUGGCGAUAUGCGAGUAACUAUGGAACACUGCCGCAAUCCAGUUCCUUGGUGCUGGCUUUUGUGGGCAACUUUACUCAGCAGCUGCCCAGCAGUUGUCAGUUGGAGAUGGCGGAAGCGUUGCUCUGGGAAUCCCAAAGACGGAGGAAACUCCAACCAAGAUAUCAACUGUAUGCACUGAGGAAUGUGAGUCGAAGCGAGUUCGAUGCGGAUGCACUGCAGCGGAAGCUGAGACAAUGGCCUCUUUAUGCUGGAUUGGAGCAAGUAAAGUGA